CAAAUAGCAAUGCGAUGUGGAAUGAUCCUAAUCUCGAUAAUAGCCACCCCAGUCAGUCUACCUCAGAUCUACGGGAUAGACGGAGAAGGGAUCGCAAGGAUCCAGGAGGCAAAGAGGAUGAACCAUUGAUUGCAUUUGGUUAUGAAGCUUUUCUCUUUCAAAAUGACAAUGCAGCUCAAGCUAUAGAAGAAGGCCAUUUGCUCAUUACAUGGCAGGGUCAAGAUCCUAACGAUGAAAACUCUCUUUGGCUUGACAGAUAUGAUGCCAGAAACUUAUUGGAUGAUGAACGGUUCUUUACAGGAUUUAGGGACAUUUCAGGGAAUCAUCAUUUCUUUGAACGUGAGGAGGGUUGGUCAAAAGAACUGGAUGAGGAGCGUUAUCAGGAUCUUGAUUCAGAUGAGGAGCUAUUGUUUGAUAUGGAUGAAGAUGACCGGGAGGAGCAUUUGGCUCAAAAACGCGCAGAACAAGAAUCUUCUUCCAACUAUAGAGGAGUACAUUAUGCUUAUGACAAGGAUGAGAAUAAUCAUGAUCGGAAUUCGACAGAAUCAGCCUUUCAGCUUCAUUUUGAAGUUCCUGAAAGAAUGUCAGUGCCUGAUAACGAAAAGACAUUGGCUUUAAUAGAAAGGACAGCAAAGUUUGUCAAUAAUAGUUCAGAACCGACUAUGGAGAUUAUUUUACAGGCAAAGCAGGCCACCAACCCUAAUUUUGGAUUCUUAAGUCGCAGACAUCACUUAUAUCAAUUUUAUAAACAUGUACGAUGGCUAAUGCAGACUGGAUUAUACGAAACUGCCGAAGAUGUUCGUCAGAGAGAGGCAGAAGAAGCCAGGGCAGAACAAGAAGAAAAGGAGCGUCGUACUGCAGAGGAAGCCAAAGCGCUUGAAGCGCGGCUACAUUUUGAUAUUGAGAAACUGAUUGAAAAAACGGCUGAGUUUUUGAGCAUACAUGACGAUGCAGCUGUGUUUGAACAGAAGCUUAUGUCUUUGCAAGAUCUUAGAUUUGAAUUCAUGCAAGAACAUCAUCCUUGGCACAAUUAUUUUGUUGAAAAAAGGCGCCAAACCCAGAAAAUAUAUCAACAGCAACAGCAACAGCAACAGCAGCAACAAAUACAAUCCCAAAAAGAAGACCAGGAGAAUCAGCCAAUAAUAGCAUCAGACGUAGCAACCAUUGCUACAGAAGAGGCGCUCAAAUCUUCAGAGAUACGCAAACUUGAUCGUUUGCAACGAGUCAAGGAGUUACUUAAACAGAAACAAAGGAAAGAAGUGAUAGCAGCAGAACAGCCAGAUGAGACGCGACAUAGAGCUGAGCCUGGAUUAGACCUAAAGCAGCGCAUUAAUCAUAGUCGUAGUCGUAGUCAUGGUCGUAGUCGUAGUCGUAGUCGUAGUCAUAGUCGUAGAGGUAGUCGCAGUGGCGGUCGCAGUAACAAUAGUCGUAGUAGUAGUCGUGAUAGUAGUUUCAGUAAUAGUGGCACUGAUGAUAGAAAUGUCGGCUCUACAAGACAACGAAUCGAGUCACGUAAAAAAUCACGACCACAGCUUUAUUCAUUGACAAGACCUAGAUCCCGACCGAAGUUAAGGUCAAGGUCAAGGCCAAGGUCAAGAUCAAGAUCAUGGUCAAGGUCAAGGUCAAGGUCAAGGUCAAGGUCAAGGUCAAGGUCAAGGUCAAGGUCAAGGUCAAGGUCAAGGUCAAGGUCAAGGUCAAGAUCAAGAUUAAGCUCAUUAAGGCCGAGGUCAAGAUCAAGCUCAUUAAGGCCGAGGUCAAGAUCAAGGUCAAGGAUUAGGCCAAGGUUAAGGUCACAAUCUAAGUCAAGGUCGCGAUCGGCAUCUCCUGAAUAUAAUGCGCGGAAACGUGUCCGAAAAUAAAGAGGAACUGCUUGUAUG